UUUUGUUGUCAGUUUGCAACAAAUUUCGGAGCGAGAGUAACGUCGUUUUCGUCGGGAAUUGGCAUCGAUUAUUCCCCAUGAGACUUACAAGAUGACCAUAAUAGUAUUUUUAAUUGAUACGUCGGCUUCAAUGUUCCAGAGAACUUUUAUUGGAGGCCGCCAAUCUUUACUGGACGUAGCUAAAUCGGCUGUGGAGACUUUUGUGAAAAUAAGGCAAAGGAGUAUCGAUAGUAGAAUUGACCGGUAUAUGCUGUUAACUUUUGAUGAGAGUCCUAAUAAUAUUAAAGCUGGAUGGAAAGAAAAUCUAGCAACCUUCAUGAACGAACUCAAAAACCUGCAAUGCACGACAAUGACCACAAUGGGUGUAGCAGUUAAGCAGGCCUUUGACGUGCUCAACAUCAACCGCAUGACUUCAGGUAUCGACACUUAUGGCCAAGGCAGAUGUCCAUUUUUUCUAGAAACAGCAGUUAUUGUUUUAAUAACUGACGGAGGCAAGCUAACAACGCCUAACGGAGUACAAGAAGAUUUCAAUCUGCCAAUGAACUCGCCAAUUCCCGGUUCCGAAAUGACGAGAGAACCCUUCAGAUGGGACCAACGACUAUUUGCUUUAGUACUGAGAUUAACAGGUACUCCGGCAGUGGACAGAGAUACAGGCCUGGUGCCCAGCGAUGGUAGCCCCAUAGAUGCUAUGUGUGAAGUCACAGGUGGCAGAUCUUACUGUAUAACUUCACAUAGAAUGUUGAAUCAGUGCAUAGACAGCCUGGUACAAAAAGUUCAAAACGGUGUAGUUAUAAACUUUGAAAAAAUCGGCCCUGAUCCGCCCCCACUGCAGUACGACAAAGAAGAAGGCAAAGAUGAAGAAGAGGACAGAAACGUGCCGCAAAAUACCCUGUGGCACAGUUGCAGAAAAAUGAUUUAUGUACCGAAAACCAGCAAGUCGUUUUGCGUAGGCUUUUGGCCUAUUCCAGAAUCGUUUUGGCCAGAAGUCUCUGCCAGUGUUUUGCCGCCAAGAUCUGCCCAUCCAAUGGUUAAAUUCACCUGUACAAUGUCUGAACCUUUGGUUAUAGAAAAUUUGCCUUUUGAUAAGUACGAGCUGGAGCCAUCGCCUUUGACUCAAUAUAUUUUGUCUAGGAAACAACCUAAAACUUGUUGGCAGGUGUUCGUAGCAAACAGUUACAAAAACUCAGAAGUGGGUCAUCCUUUUGGCUAUUUGAAGGCCAGCACCAACCUUAAUUGUGUCAAUUUAUUUGUAAUGCCUUAUAAUUAUCCUGUCUUAUUACCUUUAUUAGACGAAUUGUUCAAAAUUCAUAGAUGGAAACCUACAACUGAAUGGAGAACAGCUUUUCAAAAUUACACUAGGACGUUACCGGCUUAUUAUGCAGGACCUUUGAGAAGAGCUCUUACGAGAAUGGGCACUCCUGUAGCUUUAGCUCAAACACUUAUACCAGAAAACGCUGAAAAUUGCCUCAGUUAUUCUGUACAAAACUAUCUGAAAAGAGUGAAAAAUCAAGCCAAGGUAGAACACGAUAAGUUAUGUGGUGAAAUUAUUCAGCGACAAGCUACACAAAAUACAAAAUCGCAUCUAAACCAGCUAGAACAAAUCAGAGUUCCACCCACAGUUGUCUUGAAAAAAGAUUUUAUCAGCCAUCCAAUGUUACAAGACAAGCUCCAGGGUCAACGGGAAUUAAUGCUGGAACAAACAAAUAUGUUUUUCAGCACUUUAGACAAGGGAAGACAAACUGUUAGUUUUAAAAAUCCUUUUGAUGCACCACGAAUUCAACAGGUGAUUCGUAUGAGAAACAACAUUGUCCAACGCGACUGGAUAGCUCAAGAUUUAGACGUGGCCCAUUCCCUGCCCAUAUCUCAAAUGGGCAACUAUCAAGAAUAUUUGAAAAAACAAACACCUCAACUCAGAGAAAUCGAGACUGCACCAGUUCGACAACACAUGUUUGGAAAUCCAUUUAAAAUCGACAAAAGGAUGAUGGUAGAUGAAGCCGACAUAGAUUUGGUGGGUUCGCCGUCAGGGACCACUAGAAACAACAAAAGACCAAACCCCACCACCAUAGACAUGGCUAAUAGGUUGCCGUUUAAAAGGAAGCCAGGGCCUUUGCCGAAAAUCUUCAAUGUUCGAAGACCAAGCGGGACAGAUAUUUCGCCCUUACCGACCCCGCCAGCAUCGCCACAACCUUCUCCGAUUCCUUGGUUGACUAACGUUGAUAAGGAGCCUAUUGACGAACCUUCCGAUAUUAUUAUUACGAAUGGACUUGAUAGUCCUAGUUCGGCUUUGAGUGAAAGGAGUCGUUCACCAUCUCCUCCUUUGGGAUUGCCAUCUUUUGAUGUUAGUUUUUCUAGUCCUAGUUUGGUAUCGACCACAGGAGCUAGUACCACUAGGAAUAAUUUCAAUUAUUCUACAGCUGGUAAUUUACAACAAGAAACUCUAAUAACAAAUUCCCUAAAUGAUUACUAUAAUAUUUCUGCCAUGGAGAGUACCAACAAAGAAAUAUCACAAAUAUUAAAGGAAACCAAUUACAAUCACAACAGUAAUAACGAGACAUUUAUUACAAGUAAUAACGUGCCUGAAAAGGAGAAAGAAGUGAAACCACCAAAAGUAAUAAUACCAAAAAAAACCGAGGUAGAAAGUCCAAAAGAAAAAGUUCCGGAAAAACCCAAAGAAAUAAACAAAGAAGAGAUUGACUCGCAAAACUUUGAAAUCCGCAAAAACCUCAACAGGCUUGUCAGGAAACCCGGUAAAAAUUUUGCAGAACUUUUUGACAGUAUUAAGACGCUUAAAGGCGACGCGGACACCCAAGUGCACAUUGUCAAAUUGAUAAUCAAAGAAAGUUUGAGGUUCAAAAGGCAACAAUUGGCAAAUAUGCUGGAGGAUCAUAUACAAACGUUAAUGACUGUGGAGAAUAAGUGACAACGAUGUUGUGUUUGUGUUUAUAGAUAAUUUAAUUAUUAUGUAUUUGAACAGUUUUCUAUCGCUUAGCCAGAAGUUAUGCAAACAGCACUGAUAUGCUAGCUGUUCUCAUGGUCAAUGCCAGACCGCCAUAGUAUCUUUCACUAGAUGGAGGAACAGUAAUGAAUACAACCUAAGCAUCUUCGGGAAAAGGAUUAAAAUAGUUGAUGAAGUGAAAUACCUGGAUGCCAAGUUAACAUGGAACUCACACUUAACACAUACAUUUUGCAAAAGAAAAAGUUGAAUGCCUUGAGAAAAAACACAUUCUAGACAACAAAUCUCCACAGAUUGCCCACUUCACUAAAGUGAGGAGUUUUAGGAAGAAAUUGUCGUACUAAAUGGAAAAAAAGUUUUUUCCAAAAUAAUCAUUACUGUGACAGCAUCUGGAUGGGGAACAUGAACAAUGACAAACAUGAGAGAAAAAGGAAUCAAAUAACAUUCCAAUAGCUAAGAACAAUAAAUACUGAAUAGCAGAAAAUCAUGAUCCGAUUAUUGGAAAGUCAAGUAGCAAAAACCACUGAUAUAGACACUGUGGUCUUGUUCUUAUAGCUUAUAAAGUCUGAUAAUUCCCCAAAUCAAAAAUUUAGUGACUAUGUUGGCAACACAAACCUUUUCUACAUAAAAAAAUUGAAAGCAUUGACAAUUUUACAUUGUAUUGCCAACAUAAUGUCAUUUUGACUUUUAUCUUUAAAAAAAAAACAGAUUUUAAGACUUUUCCAACAUCAGGUUGUCAACUUCAUUUAACAAGUUCACAAACUUUUUUAUUUUUAACCAUAUAUGAAAUGUCCAUAUAUGAAAUGUUGUCAUUGCUGACUUUUCAAAAAUUUGUAAAUGUCACAUUUGUCUUUUCAUUUUCCUGCUCCAUUACCUGUUCCAGGACCGGACAUGAGGACAGGAAAUUUUUUCCGUCCUCAUUCCCCGUCCACGGACGGAAAAUGGAGCAGGGAAGUAUUUUCCGUCCUCAUUUCCUGUCCUCAUUUUACGACCCUUUUUGGUUCUCACGAUUUUUUUUUUUUUUUUCAAGAAAUUAUGGUUAAAAAUAAAAUAGUAUACAAACCUCGACGGAAAACUUCAUUGCUGUCUCGAAGUAUAAUCUUUGCUCGAAGUUUAGUUUGCGUCUUGAUAAACUAUAUAACCUCUCAACCAGCAAUGAAGUUUUUCCCGUCUCGGAUUGUAAUAUACGUUCAACACACUGUUGGGCAAAUACGUUCAAUAAGGAAUUUCUAAAUAAUAAUUAAACUGUUUUGAUUAAAAAAUGUAUUAUCAAAAUAUUACAAAACUAGGUAUAUCAGCUACACUUAUGUCUUAACAUUUAGGCCAAUAUAUUCAAAGAUAAAUAACAAUAUUCAUGAGCAAUUUGGCGAUGUUUAAACUAAAAAGAUCAUACAAAAAACUUGAACAGACCAGAAAUGUAUCUCUAGUCCCACAACCAAAACUAUAAAUUAAAAAUGUUCUAGAGAAAAUUAAAACUAUUCUUCUUAGGAGAAACAAAAGGUGACAUAACUAGAUGAUUAUUAUUAUAAUUAAACUUAACCUUAUACUGAAUCUUAUUACAUCACUGGAGGUCUAUGAACCAUUGAAAUGAUAAUUAUGAAAAAGGAACAAGUUCGAUACAUAUUAAAUCUACAAGGUACAUAAAUAGACAAAGAUACAAAAUUUACAAAUAGUUACGAAUGAUAAGGUAAGGAAUGGUAUGUUGCACGAUACACGUAAUGAUAUUUAUUUUAAAUGGACGGACAAAUACACAACUAUAAUGACGACUUCCAGAAAAAUUGCUCAGUUCUGGAAACUAGUGCAUUUUAUUUUUUGUGUUAUUUUGACUCAUUUUCAAAAUGACAGUAGGUAUUCUCAUGAUUGUUGUCUUGGUACAGUGCGGCAAGAGAAUUAUCAACUAUCUAGUCUAAUUUGAAGGGAUAGUGUGAGCGAGUCAAGACAGUGAUAUAGUGAGUAUCAAAAUUAUCUAUGGUGACAUAGUGAUGUCAAAAUAACACAGAAAAAGUCCAAUAACUCUUUAAUAAUGCAUUUGGGGUAAGAUGAUCAGCUCAGUGAAAUCAAAUUCCAAAAAAAAUAAUAAUUUGAAUCAUCAAUAAAUGUAUGAGCUACUUAAUCUUUGGUAUAUAUUAAGUGACAGCAAAAAUUGAAGCUGAAAAUUCACCCCAAACCCGAUUUAAAAAAAAACUAAACCUUAAAGUACCCAGGAAACACAUAUGCCAUUAAUCCACAUCAAACCAUCAACUUGGAAGCCCUUAGCUAUAUUUACGAUAUGUCCUUUCUCUCCUACAUAGCUACAUUCUCCAUCUCAGUUCAGGCAUAUGAAUUUCCUGGGAAGUAUCCUAAAAUCUAUCCUUGGCUGAUAACAUGUCAGUGUCGUUUAACAUUUGCAAAUCCUGAAAUUGGAGGAAUUUUUCUUGAUUUCUUAUGUGUGCGUAGUUGGCUGCUAGACACAUCAAGUAAU